UGUUUCUUUUCCAACUAUUCGCCUCCAAGUCGCCACCCUCUGCUCCGUCCCCUAGGCUCUUUAAUACGCCAAAUACGUACGAUGGGAUCAUUUUGUGCUUAUGUGUAAUAUCGCAAUAGCCAACUUUCGUUACUAUUCUGGUUUUUCAUUCUCAUUCCUAUAACUCAUUGUAAACCGAUUUCGAAACUCAUUCCCUUAUCCCUCUACACACUUUAAUCUCAUCCAAUCCUUCUUUUUUAUUUUUCACUCCCUUUUUCCAUUAUCACCUAAGACGGGGACCAGGGGGGAUUACGCGUACAAAUACAACGGUGCUUAAAUCGUGUUGUGGGGUAACAAGCGAUUUGGGUUACUUCCCAUCGCGUGCGUGCGCUUCAAACUUUCCACGAAGAGACAAAGAGAUUGAAUUAUGAUUAUGAUUAUGGACAAACUUCCUCGCCAAAUCACCUCGAGUCCAUACGUUUCGAUGGUUUUAGCACGGAGACGGCCGCUCUUGCUUUUGGGCUUGCCGUUAUUUCUCAUAGUUCUGUUUUUUUCCGGCAGCGUCAACGUCGAUAGUGAGUGGAGUCAUAAACUGGAUAGCUUUGGCGACAAUUUCAAGGCCGGUGUUACUUAUGUCACUGGCAAUGGUACUGUUCAAGUUACUUAUCCCUCGACCAAUGCACCUUCGAAUACAUCCUCGACCUUCCAUGCCUUUCCUAGCGAGCUAUCCAGCGGCGCUACUAGCACCACCAUAAAAAGCAAGCCAUACUCUCGUCCCGGCUUCGAAUUGCCACUCGCCAAGGGGAUACCACUUCGCAUUAUGGCGCUUGGCGCCUCCACCACCCGUGGCGACAGUCCCGAAGAAGGUAUCGAUAACAAUGGUUUUCGCCGACCGCUCCGCGAAAAGCUCACAUCCAUCGGUAAUAAGGUCAAUUAUGUUGGUACUCAGCGACUCGGGAAUAUGACGGAUAACGACAUUGAAGCCUAUCCCGGUGUAGUUACUGCCACCAUCCAUGCAAAUGCCGAGAGGGCUGUUCCCAAAUCAAAGCCAAACCUUUUCCUUGUCAACGCUGGAUCUAACGAUUGCUUUCAACACGUCGAUAUUGAUAAUUUUUACAAGCGAUACGAUGCUUUAGUGCAGUACCUCCUCCAAUCUUCACCAAGGGCUACUGUCAUCAUAUGUACGAUCCUACCUACCUGGGAUACGCGAUUUAAUGGCAGGGAGGAUGUCUGGAGAGUGAAUCCUCAGAUUCGGAGACUAGCGCAAAUAUAUAAAUCGCAAGAGUUGCCAGUGGUGCUCGCCGAAUUACAAGGUCCAGACGGAAUACAAGAUGGAAACCUGGCUUCCGAUGGUAUGCACCCCGGAACUCCUGGCUACGAAAUGAUGGCUACCAAAAUGUACGAAGCCAUUGUGGAGGCAGAUUCCAAAGGGUAUCUACAACCUCCGGAGCCCGUCCAAGGAAUCCUUGACGACGGUGACGAUGAGCGAAAGGACGAGGACUACAAGAAAUGGGUUGACGAGAAGAGGAAGAUGGAUGAGGCUCUAGCAGCGGCUGAACAGAGAGAGAUUACCAGGAUGAUGGCGGAAUUAAAAAAGGCGAGAGAAGAAGGGCCAGUAAAAAAGGAUAGAGAUACCCGAUUACGGCGGCAUCCCAAGAUGCUCUUCUAAUCCAUACAGCGGACAAGCGGGUUCUUAGUCUCAAGACAACCGGGCAUUUUUCUAAUAGUUUUGCCCGUACGAAGUCACGGCCUCAUUGUUAUUGUACACAGAUACUAUGUAGACUACGUACCUAACCUACCUAAUAAUUGUACCCCAGAGGGUUUUGAUUUCAAAACAUUUCCAAAUCCUUCCCGCCCUUAGUGGCACUUGGGAGUUCCGAGGUCAUACGACACCCCACAAGCGCAUGCAUUAGUACGACCCAAUUUGUGGUUGUCGUUGGUGCAGAUAUCAGGAGUUCAUCUAACUCACCUUUCACGGCAUAACUGGGUACAUAAGAAUUCAAGUUUUGAGUAUCGACAAGGAGACCACAACAUUUGAACAUACCUAGUAUCCAUGAGUACUUACUACAUGUGCACUAUAAAAUUGAAUCAACAUCAUAAGGUGGUCUUCUCUACCCUAGAUACUACUAACCUAGGCACAUAGUAUCAUGGUGUAGGUACUACCUUACUACUACUAGGUAGGUAGUAAUCAAUACUUUAGGUGCCUGUUGUGCCUGACAGUGCCUGUGUAAUAAUAGAAAAGGUUCGUACUAUGAGG